AUGGCUUUAAUGGACAUUGAAAACGUUUUUCUUGAUCAUGGUUUAUGCUGUCAAAGUUUUGAUCUUCCUUCACCUACAAAAAUCCCCCCAAAACAACAUUAUGAUGCCCAUGUUGAAGCUGCCGAUUCAAUCGAGCGUAUAUCUAAAUUAAACCGAUUACAAAAAUAUGCUUUUGAUUUAAUUAUACAAGCGAUUGAAUUAGAAAAUAUUCCAGAAAGAUAUUUCUUCGUGGAUGGCCCUGGAGGUUCAGGUAAAACGUAUCUUUACAAUACCUUAAUGUGUUAUAUAAGAGCAAAAAAUCAAAUUGUAUUGCCUUUUGCAACCACCGGCAUAUCCUCUAUUCUUUUAAAGGGAGGAAGAACCAUCCAUAGCGGAUUUAAAUUACCUGUGCCUAUCUCUGAAACUUCUAUAUCCCAUAUGAAUUUACAUAGUUCGCUAACUCUAGAUAUUAAAAAUAGCAAAUUGAUUAUUAUUGAUGAGGCCACAAUGAUGACUAAACACUCUUUGCGAUGCAUUGGCCGAUUACUUAAAGACAUUAUGAAAAAUUCCCACCCAUUUAGCGGAAAAGUAAUUUUAUUAGGUGGUGAUUUUAGACAGACUUUACCAGUAGUGCCUAAAGGCUCCAAAGUCGAUAUUAUAGAGUCCUGUAUAAAAAGUUCAUAUUUAUGGAGUCAUUUUAAAAUAAUACAUUUGAUUGAUAAUAUGCGUAUUUCAUCAGAUCAAGUUGAUUACAAUGCUUGGUUACUUAAAAUUGGAGAUGGGCUAUCACGCAGCAAUUCUGAUCUUCCUACAAAUAGUGUUGAAAUCCCACCUUAUUUGCUUGAAAAUGAUUCAUUAAUAAAAUGUGUGUAUG